AUGGAUAAGCUCCAGGUGCAACUGCAAGCCCUCGGAUUGGGCCCGGACUUACCAGAGAUCGCCGGACUUCUGGCAUCGGGUCUCGGCUGUGAUGCCGGCACAGCCUACGAGGCCAUCAAUUUGGCUACCGACCUGGAACUAGGCGAUCUGUUCGUCAUCUUACCCAAACUCAAAUUGCAAGGCUUGCCGCCAGCGGCCGAGUGUAUCAGGAAUCUCCCAAACAGCCCCCUAUUCUCUACCCCCUAUGUGGAUGGUGUUCAACUGCGGUUCUUCUUCGGAAAUAGAAAACUCGCGAGCCUCCUGCUGCCAUACAUAGCGGAGAGGAACACAUCGUACGGUCGCAAAGAUGUCCUUGGGCUCAGAGAUUCCACGGAUCCCGGUGCGGGCAAAAAGAGGAUCGUCGUCGAGUUCUCAUCGCCCAACAUACCAGGCAAGUUCAACGGCAAUCAUCUUCGCAGCACGCUUCUGGGACAGUUCGUAGCGAACAUUUACGAGUCCAUGGGAUGGGAAGUCGUCAGACUGAAUUACCUCGGGGAUUGGGGCAAACCCUACGCCUUAUUUGCCGUCGGCUGGGAGCGGUUUGGUGAUGAAGAGAAGCUGCAACAAGACCCCUUGGGUCACAUUCUGGAAGUCUACACGAAGAUUGAGGACGAGUUCAAGCCGGAAAUGGACGCGAGCAGACAAGCCAAGAAGGAUGGACACAGUACCGAGGACAUUGAAUCAAAGGGCAUCUUUGCUGAGAGGGACGAAAUCUUCAGGAAGAUGGAGGCAGGAGACGAGAAGACCCUGGCGCUUUGGCAGAGACUCCGUGACUACGCUAUCGGAAGCCUAGGCACCGCCUACCAGCGACUGGGCAUCGAAUUCACCGAAUAUGAUGGCGAAUCACAAGUCAAGUCAGAAACCAUGGACGAGAUCGAGGCCAAGCUACGUGAUAACGGAGUGUACGAAGAAAGUGACGGCUCCUGGGUCAUCAACUUCGACAAACACGGCGUCAAAGGCCUCGGCACCCAGAUCAUUAGGGGCCGCACUGGGUCGAGCACUUACCUUCUCAGAGACAUCGCAGCUGUGCUGGAUCGCGACAAAAAAUACAACUUUGACGAGAUGAUCUACGUCGUCUCUUCCAGGCAGAACUCGCACUUCCUACAAGUCUUCAAGGCCUUGGAACUCAUCGGACGCGCCGACCUAGCUGGCAAACUAAGACACGAGAGCUUCGGAGAGAUCCGAGGACUGACCGACCACCUGCACAAACCGCUCUUGCUGGGCAACAUCUUGGACGAAUGUGGUGACAUCAUGUGCGGUGUUGCCAAAAAGGAUCUGGGCGACGACAUUAGCGAGCACGCCCUCGCGGUGAUGGGAGACCCCACGGCCAUCGCUGGACUCGUGGCCCAGGAUAUGUUUGGCAAGCGAGCGCAGGGUUACAUCUUCACUCCAGGCCGAAUGACCUCGCUUGAGGGAGAAUCAGGGCUCAAGCUGCAGCAGCAUCACUUGCUUCUUUCAUCUGCGAUCUCGGAACUACGAGCACAGGUGGAGGUCAUGGCGACCGAGCUGAACUACGCCGCGCUGGAGGACGAAGGGAGCACGAAUCUGCUGCGCAUCUUGGCGCAGUACCCGGAUGUCACGGCGGCUACGUAUAAGUCGUUGGAGCCGCACGCGCUAUUGACGUAUUUAUCGCGGCUUGCCGACGCCAUCACGGAUAUUCUAGGCGAGGAGAGCGACGAUGAGUACGAGGACGAAGCUGGGCCGAGUGAUGCUCAGGCGACGGAGGAUGGACCAGAGGUGUUGAAAGUAAAGUUGGCUUUGUACGAGAGCGCCAAGGUUGUUCUCGAGGGCGGGAUGGGGCUGCUCGGCUUUCCUGUCGUUAUUGCUUGAAUUAACGACGAUGAACAGCUCUGUAGUAGUUUGAUGCAUCA